AAUACAUUCACAUACAUGUUUUGUACGCAAGCAUUCAUGUUCUAUUAUUGCCCCUUUCUCGUUGCACUUCUAACAUGGAAAGCCAAACAAGCCUCCACUUCAUUCUCCUACUAGGCUGUCUGCUAAUGUGCGCCUGUAGAGAAGACCUUCUGACGUGCCUGUCACAAGGAGGUGUAACAAACAUCACCACCAGUUACAAUCCUGACUUCCUUCAUUUCCUUGAUUCCUCCAACCAAAACCUCAGAGUUUCAAAGCCUUUUCUCAAUAAGCCUAUUGCCGUUGUAUUCCCUGAAAACAAAUACCAGGUCCAGACGGUGAUCCGAUGCUCGAGGCAGGGGUCAUGGGAAAUCAGGUUAAGGUCUGGGGGCCACAGCUUCGAGGGUCUAUCAUCUGUAGCCGAUGGGCCAUUUGUGAUAAUAGACUUAAUGAACCUCAACCGGGUCACGGUCGACUUGGAAUCCGAGACAACCUGGGUUGAAGGUGGUGCAACUCUUGGCCAGCUGUACAAUGCGAUCGCGACGGCAAGCAACCGUCAUGGGUUCUCAGGUGGCGUGUGCCCGACGGUAGGGACUGGAGGCCACAUCAGCGGUGGUGGCUACGGCACAUUGAUAAGGAAGUAUGGGGUUGCAGCUGACAACGUCGUCGAUGCCGUCCUCGUCGCUGCAGAUGGGCAGCUGUUAGACCGCAAGUCCAUGGGCAAAGAGGUGUUCUGGGCCAUCCGGGGCGGUGGAGGUGGCAACUGGGGUGUGGUGGUUGCGUGGAAAAUCCGACUACUUGAAGUGCCGGAAAACGUUACAUUGUUCCGAAUUGAUAAAUCCGGUACAACGAGCCAAACUGCCAGUUUGUGGUAUAAAUGGCAGCUCGUUGCACCAAAAUUAGACGAGAAUUUCUUCUUGCAGGUGCUUGUCUGGCCGGGAACAACAAACACUACUGACAUUUUCAUGUUUUUUACUGGAUUAUACUUGGGGCCUAAGGCAUCAGCUCUUGCCAUCAUAAGCAAUGCAUUUCCUGAAUUGGGUGUAACCUUACAAGACUGCAACGAGAUGAGCUGGGCAGAAGGUGUCAUUUUCCUAAUGGGAGAUCCUAACGUGCGUACGGUGGCAGACUUGAAGAACAGGUUCGCCUAUCAUAAGACGUUCAUCAAGUCAAAAUCUGACUAUGUGAAGGUCCCAAUACCAUUGGCUGGAUUGAAAGGAGCUUUGGAGAUAUUAUCAAAACUGCCCAAAGCAUCUCUUCUUUUAGAUCCAUAUGGUGGAAUCAAUGAUAGGAUAAGGAGUGAUGCAAUAGCUUUCCCACAUAGAGUAGGAAACCUCUAUUCUAUUGAGUAUUUUCUACAAUGGGAAGAGGAGGAUAAUGGGAAGAGUGGGGAGUAUUUGGAUGCGCUUAGGAGGCUGUACGAGUACAUGGGGGCCUUUUUGUUGGUGGGCCCCAGGGCUGUGUACGUGAACAACGUCGAUCUUGAUCUUGGUGUGAUCGACUGGUCGGAUUCCAACAUGAAUGGGGUUGAAAGUACUGUGGAGGUUGCAAGGGCUUGGGGUGAGAAGUAUUUCUUGGGGAACUAUGAUCGACUGGUGCGAGCAAAGACGUUGAUCGAUCCAAGCAACAUUUUCAGGCAUCCACAGAGUAUUCCUCCCUGGGCUUAUGGGGAAGGACGUGUCUAUUAGCAGUAGAUGGGAUGUGUCUACCUUAUUUAUUUAAUAUCUAUAUAUUUGAAUUUGUUUGUGUUGCUGCUGUAGCUUGAUUUGUUGUUUGAAUUUGCUGGAAAUGAUAUGUAAUUUUCUUUUGGGGAUUUAUUUGAUACUCUGGCUGAGUGUGGUAUA